UUACUAUUCGUUCUCCUUCACGAAUAUAUAAAAAGAAAAUCGCCGUUACCGAUAAUACAACCUUUUCAUCUUUAAUUUCUUUCGCUAUUAAGAAAUCACUUCCUCCCGGAAAACAAUUUGUUAUAAGAGCACCCGAUGGACUUGAAUAUAUUCCAGAUGACUUCGUGCGUACUGUCAUCACAGGAGUAGAACAUGCUGAAAUUAUAUUAACAAUAGAAGAUAUUGGUCCCAUCGAUUUUGAUUGUUUUUAA